GUGGGAUGCAAUCGUGCGUAUAUUUACUACAAGGGAAGUUGGGGAGAAACGGGGAGACCUCCUCCCCUUCAUUCCGAACCCCCUUCGAACCGAGGUGUCUCGAUCGAAACACACCCACAUCGGUUGUAGCGGCCGCCGCAUUUGGGCGCAGUCUUUAUAAAAAUAGAUAAUUAAUAUGGAGUUAAAAGGAAAGGUUGCUUUGAUCACCGGUGCAGCUGCCGGUAUCGGCCUCUCGUAUUGUGAAGAGUUGUUGAAAAAUGGUGCCAAGGUUUCUUUAUGUGAUAUUGAUUCUGAGGUCGGAGAGCAAGUCGCCGAUGAACUUGGCGCGAAAUAUGGGCGCAAAAAUGUGCUUUUUUGUCAAUGCGAUGUCACAGAUUAUCCACAAUAUGAAGAGGCUUUUGAAAUGACGAUAAAAGUAUUUAACCGGUUGGAUAUAGUAAUCAAUAAUGCUGGCGUGAUGAAUGAUCGAUUUUGGGAGUUAGAAGUGGAUGUAAACCUGAAUGGCGUGAUACGUGGAACCCUGUUGGCUUAUCGAUUCAUGGGUAAAGACCGUGGUGGACUUGGAGGCACCAUCGUGAACACAGCAUCUACUGCUUUCGCUAAACCACAAGUUUCCACACCUAUUUAUACUGCUACCAACUACGCAGUUGUAGGCCUAACGAGGGCUUAUGGAGAUCAAUAUCAUGUAAAUCUGACCGGAGUGCGAAGCAUAGUGUUGUGCCCCGGCCUCACCGACACUGGACUUAUCAAAGACAUUCGCAAACAGCUGAUGUCUUCCGAGUAUGAAGCUGCUUGGCAGAGGGACAAUGCAAAUUCCAAAACUCAGAGUGCUGAACACGUUGCCAGGUCUCUGAUCGAUAUCCUCCAAAAGGCUCAAAGUGGAUCCGUGUGGAUCGUAGAAAACGGUCAACCCGUGCGCGAAUGGCGCGCUUAAUUCCUAACCUAACUUACCUUAUACUGACUUCGUUUUCUAUACUACACUCAUUUUAUACUCUUUCAAUUUUGAUACGUUAUAUUUAAAUAAUUAUUAUAUACAGUUGGUAAAUAUUUUAUUGAUAAACGUCCUGGUAGGUAAUCUAAUAUUAUUUGAGAAAUCUUCGAGUGAAUGAUUUUCAGUUACUUUGUACUUUUGUUGCCAUUUAUGAAAAUGUAGGUUAAUAAUUAGAUAAGGCUCAAAUUAACGUAAAUACGCUUCUAUGAAUAAUUAAUCUUUUCUCAAGUAUUGAAACGACAUCUUUACAUAAUAUUGUGGUUGUGUAAAUAUUUUGUUUCUCGUAGUAUUAGUGGGUAAGGUCAGCAUAUUUUUAUUAUAAUAUAUUUUAUACAUGUAAAGACGUAGUGGUAAUGUGCUAAGUUAUAACAUUCGUAUUAUAUUUUAUUGCAGUUAAAAAUGCAAUUGAUUGGGAUUUGGGAAGUGUUAAUUAUGUGUACUUGUGUUUUUGAAAUCAAACACACUUUCAUUACUUCUGCAGUUUUGUUCUAGACUGAGUGAUUUGAUGUAUACUGUUGUAUUUUAAAAUUUCUUUAUAUUAUUUUAUACUAUAUUUGUUAAAUGUAUUGUGACUUGAAAAGUUGUACAAGUAUAUCAGUACGAGCUUAAAUUUUGGUUUGCAAUAAAAAGAAUUG